GAGUGGAAGAUUUUGCGACGCCAAGACGGUGGAGAUUGGUGGAGAUAAAUCCCGCAGGCGUGCUGUGCGAGGAUAAGAGCUGCACGAGGCCACCAGCAUCCCAUGCAUGCGACUUCGAUCGACGAGGCAGUAACAGUACCGACACAGAGCAGCCACUUGCAGUCAUGUGGACGCCAUCGCUCAACUUUAUCAAUCUGCACUAUGCCUACAUCAUAUUCAUGGGCUUGUUGGGCCUGAUUGUGCUUUAUCCUUAUGGCAACCUCAGAGCAAUCGACGCGUAUUUUUUUGGAGCCAGUGCUUCCACCGAGUCGGGGCUGAAUACUAUUGACGUUAAAGAGCUCAAAACUUACCAGCAGCUCUACAUUUAUUUUAUUCCCAUCUUCACUAAUCUGGGCUUCAUCAAUAUUCUUGUUGUGGUAGUCCGACUUUACUGGUUUGAAAAACGUCUCAAGGAAGCAGCGAUCACACUUCGACGCAAGAAACAUGAGGACCCCGAGACCGCAGGUGUUUGCCUCGCUCAGAGCUCUUCAGGGCCCGAGGACAAGUUGCACGCGGCCUCCUCCGAGACCCCACAAGAGCAGCCUACAAUGCCCACGAGGGCUGACAACGAGCCGUCCAGCCCGCUACAGCGCACAAAAAGCAUUUACUUUGCUGAUCCACCUGCGCGCGGCGAGGAAGCCAAAGCGCUCUACAUUCCUCCCCCUCGGGAGCGCGAUCAGGGCCGCGACAUCGAAGAGUUGGACUAUGAAGGAAGCGAGGUGAUCCUUGACAGAGUUCAAACGAAUGACAGCCGGAGCACCGUCUCGGGUAAGAUUCGUCAGCGGAGAGGGGCCCAGGAAGCACAACGCCUGAGCAGCAUGUCAAUUUCAAGGGUCGCCGAGACUUUGUUCACUCUAGGCCCGUCGAGCACUCGCACCAGGCAAGAGCCCGCUGGCCGCCCGCCCCAGGAACUACAGCUCUCCCAGCAGCUGGCCCUGCCGGAGCUUUCGUCACAGGCAACAGUUAGCCGCAACUCGCAGUUCCGGAAUCUAACCGCCGAGGACCGUGAGUUGCUGGGUGGGAUUGAGUAUCGUGCCAUGAAGCUACUUCUAAAUAUUGUUACUGCAUAUUUCUUCGGCCUGCACCUGUUUGGGGUCAUCUGCCUGGUUCCCUGGAUACGCAAUACCGAUCCAAAGUAUCGCGAAUAUCUUCAAGAGUGUGGGCAAAGUAGCGUCUGGUGGGCGUUCUACUCUGCUCAGACCAUGGUGGACAAUCUCGGCUUCACUCUCACUCCUGAUUCCAUGAUCACCUUCCAAGACGCAUCAUGGCCUAUGAUCGUGAUGAGCUUCCUCGCCUACGCAGGCAACACCUUCUACCCCUGCCUCCUCCGCCUAAUCAUCUGGCUCAUGGCAAAAGUGUGUCCCAAAAGCUCCUCCCACCGUGAAGUGCUCGAGUUCCUUCUCGCUCACCCGCGACGCUGCUACACGCUGCUCUUCCCAAGCAAGCCAACCUGGAUCCUCUUCGGCAUCCUCUUCGUGAUGAACUUUGUCGACAUUAUCUUGAUCAUCGUCUUGGACCUCCACAACCCCGAAGUCGCCUCCCUCCCCGGCGGGCCCCGCCUCGCCGCCGCCAUCUUCCAAGCUGCAUCCGCCCGGCACACCGGAACCAGCAGCUUCAACCUGGCAAACGUGAAUCCCGCCGUGCAAUUCAGCUUGCUGGUCAUGAUGUACAUUGCCAUCUUCCCCAUUGCAAUCAGCAUCCGCGCGUCGAAUACGUAUGAGAGCCGCGCGCUGGGCAUCUACCAUGUCGACGGCGAGGUCAACGAAGCGGAUAGCAGGUCCUAUGUCCUCACGCAUAUUCGGAACCAGCUUACCUUUGACCUUUGGUAUAUCUUCCUCGGGAUCUUCUGCAUCUGCAUCGCGGAGUCUGAUCGCAUUAUGGAUCCUGAUGAGCCGGCCUUUGCCGUCUUCCCUAUCUUCUUCGAGGUCGUCUCAGCAUACGGUAACGUCGGCCUGAGUCUCGGGUAUCCAACAGUAAGCACCUCUCUGUGCGGGCAAUUCACAACCUUCAGCAAGCUGGUGAUCUGCGCGAUGAUGAUCCGCGGGCGGCACCGCGGGCUGCCGUACCGACUCGACCGGGCGAUUGUGCUUCCCAAAGACAAGUCAGAUGCGCUGAGUCGGGAAGAAGAAGACGAGAGGCUUGCGUGGAGACAGUCUUGGUCCGAGUUGAAGAGGUUGAAGGCUACGUAUACGACCUGAUCGUCAAGGGGGAUGGGAGCUGGGCUAUCGUCCUGGUUGCUCGAGAAGA